AUGCGACUAAUCAGUGUUGGAGGUAAGGAGGAUAUGAAGGAUGCCGACGGAUUUGCAGUUAAGAUAUAUAUGAUAUGGAAGAAUAGAAACGAUCUUAUUUGGCAUAAUGAGUGUGAGGAAGCAGCUAAGCUCGGCUGGGGCUGGUGUGUUCAUGAUAACUUCAGAAACUUUAUCAUUGCAGGUGUGACUUGGGAUACUGGUACCCUCUCCGUCAUUGAAGCUGAAGCUUUGGCCCUUAAAGAGGCAAUUCGUGGCGCUAUAGAUUUGUACCUAGAUAAUGUAAUUUUUAAAAGUGACUCUCAUAGGGUAGUUCAAGUUAUCCAAUCCAACCACAAUGGUGGAUCCGAAUUUAAUUUCAUUAUUAAGUUCAUUAUAAGGAUGUUACAUGUUUUCCCUAACUUUGAGCUUAAGUUUAUUAAACGUCAAGUGAAUUCGGUUGCUCACUCUCUUGCGAGGGAGGCCAAUUCUUGGUCUAGGCAUAGUGUGUUUAAUUUGAUUCCUCCUUAUAUUGAACAACAUUUGAUUAAUGAAUUAUAUUAA